UCCGCGUCCACCUCCCGAGGCAGCGGAGCCGGGCCGGAGCCGCGUUCCGAGGCAGCCGUCCGGGGCCGGGCUGGGACGGGCCAGGCAUGGAGAGGAACAGGGUGUUCGUGGUGCUCGACGUGGUGUGCCUUGUGGUCGCUUCUCUGCCCUUCAUCAUCCUGACCCUGGUGAACUCUCCCUACAAGAGGGGCUUCUACUGCAGCGAUGACACCAUCCGAUACCCCUACCGCCCCGACACCAUCACGCACGGCCUCCUGGCGGGCGUCACCAUCACCGUCAGCGUUAUCAUUGUCUCAUCUGGGGAGGCCUACCUGGUCUACACAGAGCGCCUCUACUCUCGCUCCGACUUCAACAACUACGUGGCUGCCCUCUACAAGGUCCUGGGCACCUUCCUCUUCGGGGCCAGUGUCAGCCAGUCCUUGACCGACCUGGCCAAGUACAUGAUUGGCCGCCUCCGCCCCAACUUCCUGGCGGUCUGUGACCCGGACUGGUCUCGGGUCAACUGCUCCCUCUACGUCCAGCCCGAGUCCGUGUGCCGAGGGAGCCCCGCCAACAUCACGGAGUCCAGGUUGUCCUUCUACUCGGGCCACUCCUCCUUCGGCAUGUACUGCAUGGUCUUCCUGGCGCUGUACGUGCAGGCGCGUCUCUCCUGGCGUUGGGCCCGCCUCCUGAGACCCACCAUCCAGUUCUUCCUGGUGGCCUUUGCCCUCUACGUGGGCUACACGCGAGUGUCCGACUACAAGCACCAUUGGAGCGACGUGCUGACCGGGCUCCUGCAGGGGGCGCUCGUCGCCGGACUCACGGUGCGCUACGUCUCGGACUUCUUUAAGGUUCGCCCCCCCCAGGCCAGUGCCGGGGAGGAGCUGGAACGGAAGCCCAGCCUGGCCCUGAGCCUGACCCUCGCUGAGAGCGACCGGAAUCAUUUCAGCUACUCGGGGGGCUCCUGAGCCGCCUCCCGCCCCUCCUCUCCUCCUGGACGCAGCCCGACCCCGGCCUUGCACCGGUGCUUCCCGGAUGAGUCCUCGUUGCUCCGUCCCCGGGCUCGGGCCUCGUUAGGGAAGAGCGGCUGGAGGGGGCCAGGGCCGGGGUCUCGCCUGCGGCUUCCCGUCUGGGACUCUAGGAGCGAAACAGCCGGAGACGAGGCAGGAAGCCGCGCAAGGAGAUGCUGCUAGAAACAUCCCCAUCCUUCGCCUGUUGGGGAGGGAAAGGGGUGGGGUCUGUCUUGUGUAACCUGCCCGGUGUAGAACAACUGGGGGAAAGGGGGCUGGUUCCCUUCCUCAGUCCGGGCUGGCCUCCGAGACUGGAAGAAGGAAGGAAGGGCCCCCCUCCACAUUGCAGCCCUUCUUUACUCGGAUUCAGCAGCUUCCCAAAAAUUGCCCGGAAAGGUCGCGUUGCUGCCUCCACAAAGCUGUAGGGAGAGGAACCUGUGGCCCUGGAGGCCCUCCAUCCACUUCUCCCCUGCCCUCCUGUGAUCCAGCAAGGAGGACCCCCGGGGGAGCAGCAGUCCCCUCUGAGCUAGAGCCCCCGGCCGCCCUGAAAUUCUCCCAGGUUCUAUAUAGAUGGGCGAGGCAGGGUGGCCCUAAGCUGCGCCACGGGGUGGAUGCAGAACAGGAAUUCCCAUUCUCCACAUCCUAGCCCAGGGCAUCCAUCUGCUCAGCGCAGGAGCCCCCUCCUCCUCGCCUUCUCUCCGGGACUUUCAAGCUUCUUUCUGCUGGGAAAGAUGGAUUUCCCUGAGUCUGAGCUCUGAGCUGGAAGAAUCUCUCUAAGCACAUCCAAGGGAUGGGGGAGGGGAGCCCUGUGAGCUCCUGGCCCCCUGCCCCAUCCUUGGGCCUCUUGAAUGGCCUUGGUGAGGUGGAGGGGGUGGGCGCUGGCGCUCAGGAGGUUCCCCCCUUUCCUGCCCAGGUCCACCUGCCCCUGGAUGAGGAUGAGUUCGGGGAGCUCUGAAAAACCCACAUUCUGGGAUCCCGGAGAUCCCAUCCUAGGGCCAGAACUUUCCCAUUUUUCAGCUCAUUUCCCAUCUAUCAACUCGGGCCUAGAGAUAAUAGUCAGCAAAGCCCCUGGAAAAAGAUUUGGAAGACCUAAGGUCUUCCAAAAGAAAUCAUUUUUCUAGACUGGCUUUCCAGUAGGAUUCGGUGAUCACCAUUUCAGCAAUGGAGCCGGGUGUAUCAAACAUUUCUGCUGUUUCUGCUAGGUUACUUUCCGCUCCUGAGAUCAGCACAGGGAGAGGAAGGGGAUGGGGAGGGACACAGCAGGAAGAAAAGCCAGUUAGAGUUCAAAUGUGGCCCUGGGUAAGACCUUUCACUUCUGUCUUCCUUAAAUGGAGAUCUUAACAGCAUCUGUCUUCCAGGGCUGUGAGAGGAUAAGGUAACGUUUGUAGAACGCUUUGCAAACCUGGAGGUACAGACUAUGAUUGUGGAUGGAGGGUCUAGAUCCAAAGGUCCCUCAGCCAGCCUGAGAGUUUCCCCCUCUGACUGUCCCUGAGGCUGUGGUACUAUGGCCGGAGAACCCCUGCUAAGUGGCCCAGUUGCUUCUGGUUGAUAACAAUUCUCUUAUCACACAGUAACCUUCAUCACAUCCUAGAAAAAUGGCUUUGAUGGUGCUGGCCAGGGGAGGUAGGGUUGGUUUGCUGUGUGCUUCCGGGGAGAACCAAGGACACUUGGGCAGCAGAGGGAAGCAGUGCCAGGGUAUAACUGGCAGCCCAAGCCAACCUGACUUGGAAUCCAAGUACUGGUACCCCGGCUUUCCCCUUCCCAGCUCCAGGCUCCUAAAAAUGCCCCUGAAGCUGCAGGGAUUGGGGCUGGAAAGAUCAGAGGUGCUUUUCUGAUCCACGAGCAGGGGAAUGACUCAUUUGACCUCCCUAGGGUCAAAGUUGAGUGUGUCUAUGAAUCAGCCAAUCUGACCUUCUCAAUGUGACCCAUAUGACCCACCAGCCCUUCCUCUCUACAUCCUCAGAACUGACAAGAAGGGAUUGUUUAGCCACUACCUGUAAUAUUUGAACAACAGCAAGAAAUGUAAAAAUGGGAGGGUAGAGCCGCCAUAGUGUAUUCCCAGGGAAAUUCUACAGUGGACGUUAAAUAGAUAGAGCUUUGGCAAAUAUAGCUCUUGUCCAAAUAACUGAAGCUGCCCCACCAUGGCUGUGUGUUGGAAGCAGUUCUUGAAUCCAAGAUCUUACUGGCUGAUUGAGGUCACUUUUCUCUUCCCCUUCCUGCUUGAGUGAUUUUAUUUUAUUUUUUACACGUAUGAAACAGGCCAACUUGUGGCUAACCACUGAUGGUGAUUAGUUUGCCGGACCUGAGGUCAAGAAGAUCUGAAUUCAAAUCCAGCCCUUGAUACUUGCUAUAUGGCACUGAAGCAAAUUUGCUAACCUCUGUCUUCCUCGGUUUCCUUAUCUGUAAAAUAGGGAUAAUAAUCGCACCUACCUCUUCCCAGGGUGGUUGUGAGAACAGAAUGAAAUAAUUAUUGUAAAGUGCUUAGAGUUCUAUAAAUCAGCAGGUUUGUUGAUGCUUUUA